AUGGAGCCCCCGGACGCCUUGGCUGGGGCGCGCAGGGCCUCGCGGCUGCUGCUGCUCACGCUCCUACUCGGGACGCGCCCAGGUGCUGAGGCUGAGGUGCACAUAUCCGUGACCCCCUUGGUAGAGGUGAUGCGAGGAGACCCUGUCACUCUGGACUGCACCCCCUCGGGGGCACAAGAUCAUUAUGUGAUGGAAUGGUUCCUGAGGGACCGCUCCGGGGCCCGCCUCAUCCUGAUCUCGGCAGAGCUGCAGGGUUCAAAGGUGCAGGGCAUGGUGUACCACUCCCAGGGACGCAGCCCCCCACACCAGCUGGACUCCCAGGGGCGCCUGGUGAUGGCCGAGGCCCAGGUGGGCGACGAGCGGGACUACGUGUGUGUGGUGAAGGCUGGGGCGGCGGGCACUGCCGAGGCCACCUUACGGCUCCGUGUCUUUGUAAAACCAGAGACCACCGAGGUUGAGCCCAACAAAGGGACACUGUCUGUGAUGGAAGACUUGGCACAGGAGAUUGCCACCUGCUUCAGCCGGAACGGGAACCCAGUCCCCCAGAUCACAUGGUAUCGAAACGGGCAGCACCUGGAGAUGCCUGCGGAGGUGAACUCGGAGGGCUACACGGUCAGCCGCACCAUCCGGGAGGCCUCGGGCCUGCACUCUCUCUUCAGUGUCCUCUACCUGCGGCUCCGCAAAGCCGACCGGGAUGCCAGUUUCCACUGUGCCGCUCACUACAGCCAGCCCAGGGGCCGCCAUGGCCGCCUGGACAGCCCUCCCUUCCGCCUCACCCUGCACUAUCCCACAGAGAAUGUGCAGUUCUGGCGGGCCAGCCCGUCAACCACAGAGGGCUGGGUACGAGAGGGCGACACGGUCCAGCUGCUCUGCCGGGGAGACGGCAGCCCCAACCCGGAGUACACCUUUUUCCGUCUUCAGGACCAGCAGGAGAGAGUACUGAACACCAACCUGGAUGGGAACCUGACUCUGGAAGGGGUGCAUCGGGGCCAGAGUGGUACCUACGGCUGUAGGGUGGAGGACUACGACGCCGCCGAGGACGCCGAGCUCUCCCAGACCCUGGAGCUGCAUGUGGCCUACCUGGACCCCCUGGAGCUCAGCGUGGGAGAGGAGCUUUCCUUACUGCUGGGCAGCAGCGCAGGCGUGAACUGCUCCGUGCAAGGCCUGCCCACCCCGGCCCUGCGCUGGACCAAGGACUCAGUACCUGUUGGGGACGGCCCCACGCUGUCACUCAGCUCCAUCACCUUCGACUCUGCCGGCACCUAUGUCUGUGAGGCCUCCAUGUCCACGGUGCCCCUCCUGAGCCGCACACAAAGCUUCAAGCUGCUGGUCCAAGGGUCCCCAGAGCUGAAGGCAGAAGAGACCCAGCCCAAGGCUGAGGGCAUCUGGCAGGAAGGAGACGAAGUCAAGCUGAUCUGCUCUGCCCGCGGUUACCCAGUGCCCAAACUCAGCUGGAGCCAGCUGGGCGGCAGUCCAGCAGAGUUGGCCCCCGGAGGGCAGGGCUGGGUGAGCAGCUCCCUGAUCCUGAAGGUGACCAGUGCCCUGAGCCGUGACGGCGUCUCCUGUGAGGCCUCCAACCCCCACGGGAAUGUCCGGCAUGUCUUCCACUUCGGUACCGUGGCCCCUCAGACUGCCCAAGCCGGAGUGGCUGUCAUGGCCGUGGCCAUCAGUGUGGGCAUCUUGCUCCUCGUCAUUGCUGCGUUCUAUUGCAUGAGACGCAAGGGACUCCCUGGCUGCUGCCGGCAGGGGGAGAAGGGAGCACCGUGA